GACCGAUAAAGUCAACAACGUUUCCGUUACGUUUUAACAAGUGUGCUUGCUAUUCUUAUUUUUAAUAACAUUUUAAUAUGAAAUAAUAACUUAUCAACUAAACCGUGUGGACAUCACAUUUAUAUAAUCAUGAGUGAUAUAUCAGUAUUGUCAGACUUUGAAAAUAGUUAUAACAUAAUCGAUAAUUUGUCGAGAGAAAAUAUAAAACAUGACAUUAGUAUUUCAGAUCCAUUAGCAGGUUUUGAAAAACUACGCAUUUCUGCUCUUACAAAAGCUGCUGAAAUAAGUCCAAUGGUCAAAGAAGUAACAAUCGGUCCAAAGAGUCCUUUAAAAAAUACGAAGUUAAAAGAAAAUACUCCGGUUAAAAAUGACGACAAUGAUUUAAGUUUGCUUGAAGAUAAAAUUGGUGAGGAUCUCCGUUAUACACUUAUAAUGAAGCAGUACGAAUCAAAAUUAUUGGAGUCUUCAGAGGAGUUGUUUAAAAACUUGAUCGAAAAAAUGAUAUCAAAGCACACUGAGAGUAUGAGAACCUUUUGGAAAAAACAGAGUGAAGAAAGUGAACGGAAAGCUUUAGAGUUGCGUGCAAGAAGGUUGCAGAUGGUAAAGCAGUUGCGGGAUAAUGACAAUUUGUCUGUUUUAGACAAAGCUAAAUUGGAUGAGAAAAACUGCCAAAUUAUAAAUAAAUCUACAAUAGACAACAUGAACCGAAUAUUGGAAGAACAAAACAAGGCAGCCAGCAGAUUUGCUGCCAUUACAGAUAGUCGGACAAAAGUGUGUAUUUGUUAUAAUGAUAUUAGUAAUAUAUUAAACUCUGAACCUCAUGCAAAGUCUAUAUAUGACAAAUAUGUAAUGUCUAUCAAUGCAGUCAUUGGAAAUAUAAAUUCUAUUAUGGAACUUUGUAAAUCCGGAACUAUCACUGACAAAGAAGUGAAACAGGCGGAAAUAUUAUCUCUAAACAUUGAAAACAUUCAUAAGAAAAUCUUGGAGGAUUUAAAUGAGAUCAAACUGAAGGAAGAGGUGCUUAAAAAGAAAGAAAUAGAAGAGCAAAGGAUGAAAAAAGAAAAUGAAAUUAAGAAACUAAAGGAGAAAGUUGAACAAACAAAUACAAAAAUUGAACCUAAUAAAACAACACCUAUGUUUUAUUCUUCUAAAAACUAUGCUUACUUUGUUGAAUUGCGAGACUUUUUAAAUGCAUAUGAGAGCAACUAUAAGGAACUGUUAGAAAAUGCAAAUUUGAAAAAAUUUAGAUUUGAUUGCCAAAAAGCUGUUAAUACACCAGUGAAUGCAUUGUCUUCAGUAAGUGGUGCACAUAUUAGAGACAAAUUUGAUAAACUGUAUAAAUUACUUAGAGGUGAGAGAGUACAGGUGUUGGAUACAUAUGUCCAAGCAACACAACAUCCUCAAGGAUUGCACUAUUGUACUGCUUUAUUAGCUAAGAAGAUAGUAAGACAAGGAGAUUUAUUAGUUUCAAGUAACCCAGAGGCAGCUUAUCCUCUUGCAGCAGUUGCUGUAGCAUUAAGGGCACAAUUUCCAGAGUUUGGGAAACUUCUAGAAGCUAAUUUCCAUAGACAGUGCCCUUACUUGGUACCAAUGUUGUUGCCACAAAAAGAAGGACAAACUGAUAAAGAAUUCUAUAUAUCUAGAGGUUAUAUUUAUAAUGAGGAUGGAGCUGUUGAAAAGCAAGAUAAAUUUUUGAAAAGGAUGUCCGGUAUAUUCCAGCUUUGUUGUGCUAUUUGGAUAGCAAAGAUGCCCAAAUUUGUUAACACAUCUAAUCCUCAUGGUUUAUGUCAGGGUUGGAAGUGGCUUUCUUCUUUUAUCAACUUGAAACCAGAACCCGACAUCUGUGCAACACUUCUUCAUGUUUUCUUCUCUGUUUGUGGUUCUGAAUUUUACAAAAAUUACAAGAAACAAUUUGUUAAAAUCAUUAAAUUGGUCAGUACAGACUAUCUGAAGAUUCUAGAGAAUAUAGAUGAAGGCGGACCAAAAACGAGAUUGGAAGUGUACUUACAAAAUGUUUUAAAAACUGGCCAAGUGCCGCCACCUAGUGGUCUUUUGCCUCCAAAUACUUGGUAGCUUUUAAGUGUAAAUGAAAUUUGAUUUAUAAGUAAUAAAAUGCAUGAUUUGAAUCGAACAAAAUGAUUUUGAUACAUGAUUUUAAUAUUUGAUUUAUGUAAAGUAAAUGAAGGUACUGAAAUAUUUGAGGAUGAUUACUUUGUUAUAUGUAAUAAAUAAUGAUUACAUUUGUAAAG